AUGGCUGUUCGGCAUCGUCGAUCAACUUGCCCUUCCUCGAACCGCCUCAAGAUGCAGGCUGAUGAAUCAUCUGAAGAAACGGCUGCAGAGACCCCUUCCAACCGAGCAGCCAGACGACAGGCAGUGAGAUACUCCAAGAAGAAUUCCGAUGGUUCUGCCAAGGUCACGAACCAGGCUCUCGGAGGGGUACGAAUGAACAAACCUAUGAAGGAGCGGGUCGCUCCUGAGCUCAUUGAGGUUGGACAAGUUGCGGACAUCCCUGAAGAGGAGUUCGGUCGCAAGGCUGUGGAGGUAUCGGUAGCUGAAGGUGUUCCAAAGAAGCCCAUGAUGUUGAUGCGAUAUGGAAACCGCAUCAUGGCGUCUGAUCCCGUUUGCACGCGCUGCAAAUUUCCUCUUCUUCGUGCGCCAGUCAGCAAGGAAGAGAUCUCUUGCCAGACUUGUGGCGCUGUGUACAGCCUGCCAACCGGAGAGGUGGCGCCUGAGCAGAAAGGAACUUUCCUCAGCGUGUUGUUCUCAAGGACCCCUCUCACUAGACUUGGUGUUUAUGCGACCUUGGUGAAGAACGGCAAGGUGUUUAUCGGUCUUGCACCUCAGAAAGCAGAGGAGUGA